GGUAACUACAAACAUGGCAGCGCUUUUUGCAAUACGGUGCUUAUUUAGAAGCUAUUCUCGGGUCAGAAAUGUCGAUCAAAACACACGAGUACUUGUCAGAUGUAGCAGAAGGAUGCUGUGCAGUGCACCGUCUGACAGCAGUUCUCCAGAUGCCCAUGUGAAGCCCCAGUUUCUGGAUGCAGAGGUGCAGGACAUCCUAACCAGAAUCACAGGCUUGAACCUGGAGAAGGUGUUCAGACCCAUCAAACAGGAGCUGAAGCCCCCCGAGUACAAACUUAUGACAGAUGCACAGUUGAAGGAGGCGACCCAGAGUGCCAGGGAGCAGGCCCAGAGGCUGCUGAAGAUGCCUCCAGUGCUGCCGGAGAGGAAGCCCAUCAUCGAUGUACUGUCUGAGGACAAGAUCCUGGAGGGCAUGGACACAGCCGAAUACGUCUUCACUGACAUCACCUUCAACAUACCACACAGGGAGCUGUUCAUAGUGAUCCGGGAACCCACCAGGACACUGAAGAAGGCAUCGUGGGAGGACAGAGAGAGGAUCCUGCAAGUCUACUUCCCUAAAGAGGGCCGCAGGCUCACAGCACCCCGUCUUCAAGGAGAACCUGAAGGUGCAUGCAGCCACCUUGCGGAUCUUGAGAAGAUGGGGAAGUAUGAUCUGCUGCAUUCAACCAGACACUUUGGAGGCCUGGUCUGGUACCUGGUCAAUGCCAGGAGGGUGGAUGGACUCAUCAUAGACAUGCUGCAGAAAGACCUAUGGCAGGAUGCAGUGAGUCUGGUGGGUCUGUUCAACAAGGUCCAUCCACACAGUGAGACAGUCCAGGACGCCUCCAGCCAACAGGCCUCUGGACUGGACCUGCUCAAGAUCUACGCUAAGCGGGAGUCCCAGAGGGCAGGAUACGUAGAGCUGGCCCUGCAGACUUCCGCAGAGAGCUCCUUCUGACCGUCAUGCAUCACCACACCUAACCACUGGAGAGCUCUGUCACAUCACAGCAUAGCUCCAACCGUCCCAUACAUCUCACACCCACAACAAUAAACCAACGGAGCAGUGACAUUCUCCCCAAUGGCCUGCCUAUCCAUGACCCGAUCUUUAAUCAACUGGACAAUUACGGUAAACAAAGAGAAUCAUUUAGUCCUUGAACUAUGGAGCUCAUAUGAAACACUUGCAAGCCAAGUGUCCAUUGCCAAUGAAUGGCAUCAAAAUGUGCACAUAAUUGGGAUGCACCAAGCUUGUCUUCUAUCGACGCAGUGCAGAUAUUCACUUCUGCAUUUCAACCUUGUCAUUUGUCCAUAACCUUAAUCAUACUGUAUCUCAACAUUGGAACUGACUGUAAGCUGUUUAAUUAUCAUGAUGCAUGUACAUACAAAAUAUAUAUUUUUAUAUACAUUCU